UAAUUAUAGUGGACCCAUUUAUUUGAUUAUAUGGCUAAUUCAUGCAUUAUGAUCACACGGCUCCAUGAAUUCAAAAGGUUAUUGAUUCUCAAAGUAUUAAAUGCUUCUCCAUUUUCCUAUGCUAAACAAUGGGUAGCUCAUCGAUCCUCUUAAAACAAAAGUAGUUUAUUAUCGAGAAAUGAUAGCUCUUUCUCACUUCCAUCUCCAAAGUAACUGAUAGUUGACAACGUGAACAUAGUAAUGGUAAGAUUCAAGUUCGACCCGGGCUGCCCUGUGGAAAUUAGCAACUACGAUGGCAGCAUAUAUGAACCAUGGUUCACCGGCACCAUCAUCAGCUGCGUCUCCUCCAACGAAUUCUUGGUUGAUUACAAUGAUUUGGAACUGGAACAAACUGUUGUCAGAAUUCACCAGAUCCGACCAGUGCCGUUGCCUGUGGGUGAUUUUGAAUUAAAGAUCGGCGACGAUGUGGAUGUGUUCUGGAAACAAGGGUGGUGGAAGGGCUACGUAAAGGAAGAUUUAGGGUAUGGAAAGUUUAGGGUUAGUGUAUCUGGCACUAAUACGAAAGUGUUUUCAAAGGAGAAGCUGAGGGUUCAUCGUAAAUGGAUUGUUGAUAAUUGGGUUCCCCCAAUCAUAACCAAACAACUCAAAAGCCAUAAGGGGACUGAUGAAACAGAGGCAGGAAAUAGGAUUAGUGAGUUACCUGACUGCAUACUCCUCCACAUAAUGAGUUUUCUUGAAGCACGAGAUGCUGUUCGGACUUGCAUCUUGUCUAAACGAUGGAAGGAUCUUUGCAAACGUCUCACUACUCUCACAUAUAUUCCGUCGUGGGAUGAAAAUAGUUUUAAGAACUUUAAGUCUUGGGUUCUGUCUAGUAGAGAUCAAUCAUGUUCACUGUGGAAUCUUACUAUUGAUACUCAGUUUCAGGAAGGUGAAGAAGACCUACAUACACUCAUACAAUAUGCUCUUUUUCACAAUCUUCAGAACUUGAAUAUUAAGAUAAAUCCAAGCUUGACUCCCAAAUCUGAUUUACUCCCUUUAAUUUUAGCCUCUAACUCCUUGACAUUCCUUGAGCUUUCUUAUCGUAGGGGUGGUAGUAUCGCGGCUGCAAGAUCUCCUAUACUUCCAAAAUCUCUACAUUUGCCUGCAUUAAGAACUUUACAUCUUGAAUACGUCAACUUUGUUGCAACUCGCGAUCACUAUGUUGAUCCCUUUUCAAACCUUCAUGCGUUGAAUACUUUGGUGCUCAGGUGUUGUUAUUUGAUUGAGGAUGCACUAGUCCUCUGCAUAUCUAAUCAGACACUGUCCAAUUUGACUAUAUUUCAUAUAUGUUUCGCUGAUGAAUUUUUUAAUGAAAUUGUGCUUUCUACUCCAAAUCUUUGUUCGUUUACUAUCUUGAACAGUCUUAUUUUUGAACAAGUCUUGUCCUCAACAUGCAAUCUUUCCUUUCUUCAACAAGUAAAUAUUGAUGGCUUCAAGAAUUCAACAUGGAAUCUUUCUGAAGAUAUUGGAGAAGCUUCAGUCUUCUUAAGUUGGCUUCAAGUGCUUGCGAACGUAAAGAUUUUGAAAAUUGGUUACUCUAUCAUUCAAGCAAUAGACAAUGAUUUUACUGUAAAUGACAAUUCAAAGAAGGUGGAACCUCCAUGCUUUGUUAGAUUAGAGUCGUUGACGGUGAACAAGGAGUCUGAUGCACGCGUACCUGAUGAUGAAAUAAUCGAAAUUGUGGAACACUUGCUUCAAAACACUACUCCAAUGCCUAGAGUUAAUAUCACUGAAAUUUAUGAAAAUUAUGACCAAUAUUAUAGAUGUUAAGAUUGUUUUUACCACCAAAAAGAUCUUUAGAUUAUUUUCUCAUAGUUCAUGUUGGAUGUAGCUUUUGUUUUUCAUUAUUGAGCUUGAUGCCUCAACUUUUUUUCUUCUGUUGGUUUUAACUCUAUUUUGUUAGUGCAUGACAAGAAGCUAUAAAUAGGAAUUUAUAUUGCUUGAUAAUUUUGGUUGAAACUAGGAAUUUAUUGUGAGUUCUGAAACAUAGUAAUGAAGUUUUCAUAUGCAAGCAACAACUCAAUAUUGGAGGGAAGUUAUUAUUUGUU